GCGGUAACAUUCUCAAUGUGCCGGCUGAUUUCCAUUUGAUGUAGAGGAAAAAAGAAAUGAAAUGAAUAUUGAAAAUCGAACAAAAUGUACAAAACAAUUCGCUGGACAUUAAAGCAGACAACUGGCCAGUGGACAUGGAAGCGCACAUCGGCAUAUCGUACGAUCUGCACGACCUUGGUCAGGUCGGAGGAAGUGCAGAAGUCCGAAUCGGAUUUGGAUUUGUCGCCGGAUGCUCUGCGGCGGCAAUUUGCCCAGAUGCCGGUGCAUCGUAUACGAAACUUUAGCAUCAUUGCCCAUGUGGAUCAUGGCAAGAGCACGCUGGCGGAUCGUGUGCUGGAGCUGACUGGUGCCAUUUCGCGCAACGCUGGCCAGCAUCAGGUGCUCGACAGCCUGCAGGUGGAGCGGGAGCGCGGCAUAACGGUUAAAGCGCAGACAGCAUCCAUAUUGUACAACUACAAGAACGAAUUGUAUCUGCUCAAUUUGAUUGAUACGCCCGGACACGUGGAUUUCUCAAAUGAGGUUUCCCGCUCGCUGGCCGCCUGUGAUGGCGUCAUUCUGCUCGUCGACGCUUGCCAUGGCGUGCAGGCGCAGACCGUGGCCAACUAUCAUCUGGCCAAGCAGCGUCAACUGGCCGUGGUGCCGGUGCUCAAUAAGAUUGACAUCAAGCACGCCAAUCCCGAUCAGGUGACCAAGGAUAUGCAGCUGCUCUUUGGCAUUGAGCCAGCGACGGUGCUGCGCGUCUCAGCCAAACUGGGCACGGGCGUUGAACGGGUGCUGGAGCGUGUCAUUGAGGUGAUACCGCCGCCCAGUGUGGAGCGGGAGAGCGGAUUUCGUGCGCUUAUCUUUGACAGUUGGUUUGACAAAUAUCGCGGCGCUCUCAAUCUGAUUUAUGUGCUGAACGGACAAUUGGACGUCGGUCAGGACAUUCAAUCGCUGGCCACAAAGAAAGUGUAUCCGGUGAAGAGUCUAUCCGUAUUGCGUCCAGCGGAGUGUGGGGUGCAGAGCCUGUUGGCCGGUCAGGUGGGUCUCGUUGCGUGCAACAUGCGCAACAGCAAAGAGUCCAUCAUUGGCGACACUAUCCAUCUAAAGCAUCAGUCGGCCACAGCGGCCGGCACCUUUCGGCCACAGCCGCCCAUCGUCUUUGCCGGUAUCUUUCCGGUCGAUCAGUCCAAGCAUGUCGCCCUGCGCAGUGCCAUCGACAAAAUGGUUCUCAACGAUUCGGCGGUGACAGUCAAUGUGGACUCGAGUCCAGCCUUGGGCCAGGGCUGGCGUCUCGGUUUCCUUGGCCUGCUGCAUAUGGAGGUGUUCUGCCAGCGACUCGAGCAGGAGCACGGUGCCGAGCCCAUCAUCACCGCACCGUCGGUCACCUAUCGUGUUGUGUUGCGCAAUCCGAAGCUGAUCAAACAGCAUGGCAAGGACACUCUCGAAAUAUCGAAUGCCGCCCUGCUGCCGGAACCCAGCAGCAUUCUCGAGUACUACGAACCACUGGUGCUGGGCACUAUCAUAACGCCCACCGAGUACGUUGGCCAGAUAAUUGGACUGUGCGUCGAACGUCGCGGAUUGCAGCAGAGUGCGGUGAAUAUCGAUGAGACGCGCAUCCUAAUGAAAUAUGUCCUGCCUCUAAGUGAGAUCAUUUUGGAUUUUCAUGAUCGCCUGAAAUCGCUUAGCUCGGGCUAUGCCAGUUUCAGUUAUGAGGAUCAUGGUUAUCAUAGCACAAAUCUUGUCCGUUUGGACAUUCAGCUCAAUGGGCGGCCCAUCGAGGAGCUGUGCCGGAUUGUGCACGCGUCCAAGGCCACAGCUGUGGCACGUCAGAUGGUGCACAAGCUCAAGGAUCUCAUACCCAAACAGAUGGUGCAGAUUGCCAUACAGGCAUGCGUUGGCAGCAAGGUGCUCGCUCGCGAAACCAUCAAAGCCUAUCGCAAGGAUGUAACGGCCAAGCUGUAUGGCGGCGAUGUGACGCGACGCAUGAAGCUGCUGAAACAGCAAUCGGAGGGCAAGAAGAAGAUGCGCAUGUUUGCCAACAUUCGCGUGCCGCACGAGACCUUCAUCAAUGUGCUCAAGCGCUAACUACGCCCAAUUGGGAAGAACAAACAUAGAGGAAUAAUUCACGCUUAUCGCGUCUAUAACAAUAUUUGCCUAACGGCAAACUUGCCUCGGCUCUCGGUCGAUAACACUGGCCAUAAGAAUGCCCCCUUAUCAUUGCUGUGUGCUCUCUUGUCUGGAAAUAGAAAAUAAUCAAAUAGAAAAUACAAAUACAAAUAUAUAUAUAUAUAUAUAUAUGUGUGUGUGUGUGUGUGUGUGUACAUAUCGGUUUUUAAUGCGUGGAGCAAGUGUGCGGUGUCAGCUGCCCCACAGCUGUAAAUGCUGCACAGUGCACCACAUAGUGUAUUAACACAGAUACCAUUUGCUGUAAUCUAUCUAGAUAUGUGCUACAAAACAAUUGAAAAAUUAAAUUUUUUUUUUGAUUUGAGAGAGAGAAAAUCCAUUUAAAAAGUGAAGAAAUUGUGAAAAACUAUUGCACGACUUAUAUUUAGUUUAGUAUCGGUCUGCAUGCCAUUUUCAAAAGAUCUUUAAAUGUACCAUUUUCUUACAUUUAUGAAAAAUGAUUUCAAAUUAUUGCCAUAAUAAAAGAUUUUUUUUUUGGUAUAUAUAAA